AUGACCAAGUCUAUUGAAGAAAUUUAUGGUGAGCAUUGCAUUCAGCACAUCAAAUCUGUUGAUAAAUACGAUGAAACCAAGUUGGGAGAUUCGCGCGUGUUGUCACCAAGUAUUUGGAUUAAGUCGAAGAUGCACGUAGUUGGGGAUUCCAUCAACUACAAGCACAGUGAUGAUGGCACACCUGACUUUGGCAACGACGGAUACACGUACCUUUUGCAAUAUCAAUUUAAUGAACUGGAUAAAUCGCAGAUGCUUAAUAAUUUCUUCUUUAAGUCCAAUGAAGACCGUGAAUCAUUUGAACAAGCAAACGUUGAAUGCGGUGUGGAAUACUUCCUUGCAACUCAAUCCUACGAUGAGCGAUUGUAUCAAUUGUGCAUGAUGAUUCGAGGCGAUUUGUUCUCCAACAACCAAAACGUGUGGAAUCUCGCUGGAUUCUUUGCUCGUCAACCUCAUUCUGAUUGGCAUUUAGUGCGCAAGACCUAUCUCUGUGUGCUCAAACAAAAAAGUAGAGCGUUUCAACAAGGACUGGUGGAGUUAACUGGUCGAACAAUUAAUGACAUGCGUUCAGCCAUGGUUGAUACGUCAUUUGAGAACGAUGAGCUUGAAUAUUGGGCGGAGAAGUAUCUAGUGAUCGAGAACAAGCCCAAUCCUGUUGACCCAAACGACAACAAAAUGCGCCUCACAUGCAUCCUUGCAGUGCUAGUCGCGGUCACUUUCCACGCCACUGGUAAUGCCAAUUCUGCGGUUGCGGGCAAGGCUUCGAAUGAAUAUGGUGUUGACAUGAUCACCACGACCGCAAUCUUCGUCGAGAAUCCACGACGAAAGCAUCUCUUCAUACUCGGUGCUGAUGCCACAUCACAAGAAGCCUUUCACCGUGUGGUCGUGCUUCAUCCACGUGGCUUCCCCCUUCUUCCGCGCCAAGUAGAGCGUCAAUCUGGCUGGAUCAACUUUGAAGCGAUCAUCGACGUCUUUCUUCUCGUUCACAUGGCCUUCUGCAGCGCGCUCACUUUCGCGUUGCUCGCUAUCUUCACGGGAAACACAGUCCCUUCGCCGUAUACCGCGCACUCCAACUCGACCUCUGCCAUCUUCGUGCGGAAAGUUCUCGACUGA